AUCUCCUUCCUUCCACUCCCUCACUCUCUCACCAUUACACGCCUUUCUCAUUGUUCUCUCUCCCUUUUCCCCGCAUAUACAUACACAUAUACUUACACGUAUACACUCUGCUCCUCUUCUUCUUCUUCGAUUCUAGGGGGUUUUUUCUGCUUUUGUUGAAGUGGGUUUUGCUUGCUAUGGCGCUUGAAGCUCUCAACUCUCCAACCGCAGUCGCAGCUCCGAAGCUCCUUCACUUCGAAGAGGCGGCUAAUCUCCACAGCCUCGAGCCCUGGACCAAACGCAAACGCUCCAAGCGUCCGCGUUUCGAUCAGCCCUCCACCUCCGAGGAGGAGUACCUUGCUCUCUGCCUCGUCAUGCUCGCCCGCGGCGGUAGAUCCGCCUCCGACCACGAUCCUACCCAGAAACCGCAGACGCAGACGCAGACGCAGACGCAGACGGCGGAGGAGAAGCUGAGCUACAAGUGCAGCGUCUGCGGAAAGGCGUUUCCGUCGUACCAGGCUCUCGGCGGACACAAGGCAAGUCACCGGAAACACCUCCUCGCCAGUGCCUCCGCCGCCGCCGCCGCCGGAGAUGACCACUCGACCUCCACAACUACCACCACCUCCGCCACGGCGAGCGGCGGCGGCGGCGGUGUAAGCCGUGGCGGGAAGCCCCACGUCUGCUCGAUCUGCAACAAGUCGUUCCCCACAGGUCAAGCACUGGGCGGCAACAACCGCUGCCACUACGACGGCGGAAACAGCGUUAGCGUUGCGGCGGUUGGGAACCAGAGCGUUGUGACGUCAUCGGAGGGUGUUGGGUCGAGUAGCCACGUCAGCCAACAGAGCCACCGUGAGUUUGACCUGAACUUUCCGGCGAUGCCGGAGUUCGCCGCCGAGGAUUUCUUCGUCUCCGGCGACGUGGACGAGGUCAUCAGCCCGAUGCCGGCGAAGAAGCCUCGCCUGGUUUUCCAACUCUGAAGCCACACGAUUCAUCAUGGAGAUAUCGAAAAAGGGUUUUCGUUUUUUUUUUGUUUAGAUUUUUAGAUUUCAGAUUGAUUUCGUUUGGUUUCAUUUUUGUUAUUUUGGGUUAUUGUCGUCAUAAGAUAUUCUUUUUUGUACAUAAAAAAAAAAUUGCAUCGAUUAGUUUGGAAUUCAAUUGAA